GCGAAAUUCAAACAUACUCAGCCAAGUGAGUUGCGUGUAUUUAUCUAAUACACUAGAAGGCACUAAGGUGUACAAUUAAAAAGAUCUCGUGUGUGUUAUGAAAUUUACAACCAAAGCAAUUAAGAUUAUUAUUUUUAUUUUUAUUUUUAUUUUUAUUUUUGGAGUGGAGGAGAGAGAAACGGUUGAGAGAUUUGGGAGGUGGAGAGAAUGAAACCUUUGAGAAGCUGCCAAUGAGGCAUUAUUACAGGAUAACCAAAGAGAAUGAAACCUUUGAGCUACAAAACAUUUAGCUUAUAUACAUCUCUAAUUACAUUCCACAACUAUAUGCAUAAUCUAUCACUACUCUAGACUCAUGGCUUCACUUCACUCCUCACCUUCUCUCCUAUUUCUUCUUAUUCUAACAUCACUUCUCACCAUACCUACAUCUUCCACAACUUCACACCAAUCCCUCAAUCUUUCCCCAAUCCAAACCGGGUUUCGAAUCGGCCUAACCCACAUCGAUCAUGGCCAUAACUCCACGAAACUACAACUCGUCCAGCGAUCAAUCCACCGCGGAAAACUCCGGCUAGAGAGGUUCAAUGCAAUGGCAACUUCUCCGCCUGGUAUUCAAGCCCCGCUCCAUGUAGGCAACGGCGAGUUCCUCAUGAAAAUGUCGAUUGGAACUCCACCGGUGCCCUACUCAGCUGUCAUGGACACUGGCAGUGACUUGAUAUGGACACAAUGCAAGCCAUGCAGGAAGUGUUUCGACCAACCUACGCUGGUUUUUGAUCCGGCGAAGUCGUCUACGUUCUCUAAUUUGUCCUGUACAAGCGAUUUAUGCGCGGACAUGAAUGUAUUCAAGUGUGACAAUGAAAUAAAGAAAAGGAGAGAAAUUGUUUAUGGAGAUGAGUCUGCCACACAAGGGUUCAUGGCAACGGACACUUUGACUUUUGUUGACUCGGGAGAUAAACCUGUGCCGAUACCUAACAUAGGGUUUGGGUGUGGAGUCAACAACCAGGGAAUAGGGUUCGAACAAGGUGCUGGUCUAGUGGGGCUUGGGCGCGGGCCAUUGUCACUUGUGACACAAAUAGGUUUACAUAAAUUCUCAUAUUGUCUAACCUCCAUGGGCGACAACAAAACGAGUAAUGUUUUGUUUGGAUCACUAGCAUAUUUGAACUUUAGUACUCAUGGUGAAACUCAUAGUACCCCGUUAAUACAAAACCCUUUACUACCCACUUUUUAUUAUGUGUCUUUAGAGGGGAUCACAGUUGGCGAAACCCUAGUACCAAUAUCAAAACAAGCACUUAGGCCGAAAGAAGACGGGAGUGGGGGCAUGGUCAUCGACUCAGGAACCACACUAACAUACCUACCCGAUGAUGCUUUUCACUCACUAAAGAAAGAGUUCAAGGCACAAAUGAAGCUUAGAGUUUCCCAGAACUCAGACUCAAUUGGGCUCGACCUGUGCUUUGACUUACCGACUACAAAUGUGUCAGAGAUCGCAAUUCCAAGGUUGAAGCUUCAUUUCGAAGGGGGAUUGGAUUUGGACCUACCGGUGGAGAAUUAUAUGUUCCCGGAUCCAAGUACUGGAGUGUUGUGCUUGGCAAUGGCAGCAUCAAGUGAGACUGGGAUAUCAAUAUUUGGGAAUUAUCAGCAGCAGAAUUUGUGGGUUUUUUAUGAUCUUGAGAAGGAGAGAUUGUCCUUUAUUCCCACUCAAUGUGACCAGUUGUAAUAAGUAGUUGGAUGUUAUACUAGUAUGUGAUCUAUGAAGGAGAGAGAAAGAGACUUGUCUCCUUCAAUAUUUUGAAAAUAAAAGACUAAUACUGAUAUUGAAGUGUGGCCUGAAUUGCACCAAGUUAUAGAAUCUAGUUCUUGAAGCAGAACCCACUCACUUGGAGCCCUCAAGUUUUUCAGUGACGACAUUCAAAGCACAUUCCAUUACCCCACAAGUAAAAAUCCUUCCUGCAAACCCUAGGCUUACAUAGGUCCACCACUAGAUUCCCCAACUCAAAAAGUUGUUCCCUUCAACUUUUUCAGUGUGGUAUUAUAAUAAAAAGGCUCUCCAAUCUAGAAUUAGAAAGAAAGGGAUCCAAAGAAAAAGGAAACUUAACUUGAACCUAGCAUCAUCUAGGUUUGAAAAAUGUUUGAGAUAUCAAGCUAUUCAACAGUCUUUCUGACUGCAAUACCAUUUUGCACGUAAAGAUUCAAAUAUUCAUACAUGGAAAGAAGAAAAAGAAAAAAAAAUAAAGCAAACGAGAGAAGAAAUAAUUCAAAUGGAAACACUUCAACCCAAGAACUACCCUAACCUGAGCUUUAAUACCAAGGUAGAUCACCAAUUACUAACUGUCAAGAAAUAGACCCAACAAUGUAUGUCAAGAUAUUCAACACCAAAUGAUCUGGGAGUCAUAGUUCACAUGUUCUUAUUAUAUGUCAAGCUUAACAUAUUCCAAUGAUGCAUUCUCAGAAAGUGUGAAAAUUUCAGUGGCAAACAAGAUGCACAAGACCACAGCUCUUAUAAGAGAGAGCAGGCAAAAAAGUAAAAACCCAUAAAGUUUCUGUUUGGUGAAAGAAAAAAAAAAAGAAGAAUAUGAGACCAAGUGAAAUUGGCAGUGGGUCUAGAUAACUAGAAUAAAGUCAUCUCCAGGAAAAGUAUAUUUUACAAGGAAAACCCAAAAAUGGCAUUUAAAGAGUCCGGCAAAACAAGACAUAGCCUAUAUGCUGGCGUGCAAACCAACUAGGUGCACAACUAUUUUGUCACUUUGAGCUCAUGCAAGUAAAGAAUAUUUUGUCUAUAGU